AUGCAAGUUCACCAAAGUACAGACCUGCUGGAGGACUGCCAGAAGCUGUUGGAGAGGUUCAAGUACCCCUGGGAGAUGAUGCCCCUGAUGUACGCCAUCCUUAAGGACGCCAGAGCGGACCUGGAGGAAGCUUCUAGGAGGAUUGAUGAAGGUCGAGCAGCAGAAAUACUUCUCGAGUUGUGUCAGAGGUUAAAGGACAAGUUUCAGUUGCCCUGGAAGAUGAUAUCGUUAGUGGAUGUGAUUCUAAAGUAUGCCAAAGAAAAUCAGGAGGAAGCCUGGAGACAAAUUGAGGAAGCAUUUCUGGAGUUCCGCGCCCUGGCAGCCGUUGAAGCCGCCCGAUACACCUACCACCACAUCCCGUACACGGGACUGUACUCGACCGCAGCAGCGCUGUAUCCGCCCGUCUACUUGCCCUCCAUGUCCAUCUACCACCAUCCACCGACGACGCUGCUGACGUCCGCGCCCCCCUGUACGUCGCCCAUACCGCACUCGCCCCCCACGGUCACCACGCCGAUCCGGCCUGGCAGUCGAACGUGAUAAGGUGGAUCUAAGUACCUAAUCAACCGAAUUAUUAGUUUAGAAGAGCUGUUGUGAUCGAACCUUUUUUUCUGCAGGUAUAAAGUGAAUGUUCCAUAUUUCCGACUCAGAUGUCCGUCGCUAACCUGUAUAUUCGUCCUAGUAGCAACAAUAACACUCUUGUAAUAUUUGUAGCAAUAAAAAUAUGUAUGGUGCAUUUAUUAAAAACGAAAAAAAAAUAUGAACAUGUAAAUAGUACCUGUUUUGCUACAAAAAUUUGGUAAUGUUUAAGGAUGAAUGGUCCAUAGUAGUUCACAGUCUUUGCUGCUAAAAAGGUGUCGUUACUGUUUUAAGGAUUUUUUGUACUUUGUUCUAAAGUUAGUUUACUGUUGGAUAUAUUGCUAUAGAUGACUAAAAUAUAUUUUUUCCUUGUACAAAUGUUAGAUGUAAGUUUAGGAAUUUGUCAAAGAGAACCGAUGCCAUGUUAUUAUUUUAGGGAUGUGGUCUGACUUAUGACCUUGUGAUAAUAAUAAACUUAAUAACAAGUGAUUUUAUUGUAAAAGUUGAAACGAAUUAUUAUGUAUAGGUCGAUACGCCUCGCUAGGACUGCCAUGUCGAACAUUCAACAUUCUGUUAACUGUCAAAUCUAUAUCAGGAAAAAUGUAUAGGUACACUAACAUCAGGUAGUGCUUUAGGAAGUUUUCUUUAAACUAUAGAAGUUACUACUAGGGAAAGGUAGAAGGGAAAACAUAACGACAUCAAGUUAUAGAUAACACAUUACAUCUUCAGCAACAUCCUCAUCAAUAUCUUCAUCAAAUCGCAUAAAAAAAGUUAUUAGUUCCACUUUUUAGUUUUCUGAAUUACCAAAAAACACCCAUAAAAUCUAAACAACAAACGUAGGCUCCUCCAUUAGCACAGGUCUUCAAAUAAGAGGACUCAUCACUCAUCAUAUAAUUGUGAAUGAGUCCAAAAUGUUGAGUCGGUUAUAAAACUAAAUUUAAACUUUUUUAACACUCUUUUACAUUUGAAUAAUCUCUGUAUCUUUAAUAUUUAACGGUAACUACUGGAAAAUAAUACUGAAAUUCACUGUACUGAUUUAUAUGUAAUUUUAUAACCGAGUUGAUUUUCAAAUCUCAUCUGCCUUCAAAGAUGUCAGAUAUACCAUGACUGCAGGUAGACUCCUCUACAUAGCCACAUCCAAAGAGAAAAAUUGUUGCGAUUUCUGCUACCCGACAAGAAACUGGAGAGCUACAGGACUGAUGUCAGGGGUUUGUAUGUCAGGGAGAGAGGUAUAGGGUAUUAAGUACUCUAUAAAUUUGUGGUUUGAGUUUAUGAGCUGGAAUCAGCUAAUGUAGAAUUUUGGUUGAUUUUUGAAGCUGCGUGAUUGCAAAGGUUGAUUGUUUUUGAAUACCAAAAACAUAUAAUGUAUCCUACGAAUAUGGUGCGUUGAUUGGCUGCUUUUUAAGUUUUGAGGGUGAUUUUUGGUAAUUUAAAGAAAAGAUGAAGAGCGGUGGAGUAUUUCCGAUGACAUACUCGAUUUCUGGGGAUCCAAAUAGGGUGGUGUGGGUUUCAUUUGUGGAUCAAACUUCUUUAUGUGCCUGAGUAAUCUUCAAAACGAGGAUCUGUAUAUAUCCAUCCAUCAUGUAAGUUUAUCAUAUUCUGACCUUUUUAAUAGCAUUGUUUAUUGAAUAAUCUUCAAACGUAUGAAGUCAUAGCUGGAAUUUGGUAAGACCCUUGCCCUACCUUUUGCAUUUGUCCAGAUUUAUUAACGUUUUUUGCAUAUCGACAGUUUUUUAAGAAACAGAUCAUCGCUUCAAAAAUAUCUGGGUUUAGUAAAAUACAGGAAAAUAAAAAAACACAUGGUUAUCUCCAACUACUUUUCUUAUAAGUUCAUACCAAUAUGUCAUUGACUCUUACUCUAGAACUAACGCUUUUAAGGUCACAGUUGAAUUUAACAUUCUUCACUCAGACUGGAUUCUUUUUAAAGGCUAGUAACUCUGAUUUUAAAACACAUGUUUCUUAAUGCAAUUCGAUUUUCUUCAGACACACUACGUUGUGUGACAUUUGUUUUCCUAAACCACUGCCAAUAAUUCUUUUGUCACUUUCCAAAUCUGACAAUUUUUGGCGUACUUCUUCAACCAACAUAUCGACCAACUUAGGGCAACGACAUUUUUGUUAAUAAUAUUACUACGCCAUAAUCUUUAUUUGGCUAUUUUAUUUUAUAAUUUGAUUCUGCAUUGUCCAAACCUGCUAUAGUUUCAAAGCGCAUUUCACAUUUGCGAAAUAAGUUUUUUUCUAACUUCUUAGACUUGGUGGGCCUGGCGUCGCGUACAAUUAUAAAUAGUGCAGUCAUACAUUGAUACGCACAUUUUGUUGUUGUAGGUGUGUAAUUCUAGAAGUUAUUUAUGAUAUAUAUUUAAUCAUAACUAAGUAGGAUGUACGGCAAUAAAGUUUAAGUCCAUUAUAAAUAUAGUGUAAGCAUGGUACGUCUUAAGUGUAUAGUUCAAUAUAAUAGUUAUGUUUACAGAUCC